AUCUCCUGCCGCGAUCCUCUCCCUCUCCUCGCCAUCUCCUGCCGCGAGCCCUAGCAGAGGUCGGCGCGAGCCAUCUCCUGCACCUAAACCUUAGGUGGGAAAAGGUUUAAACAGGCAGAGCCCAGUCAACACAAGGAAGGAUGGGGUGGAAGGCAGCUGAGAAGUUAUUCAGGCACUGGAAGAUCCUCAGAGGCGACAACGUCAUGAUCAUAAGAGGCAAGGAUAAGGGUGAGACAGGUAUCAUCAAACGUAUCAUUAGAUCUCAGAACAGUCAUUAUUUACCCUUUGCUAUCUGUUAUCAGAUUGUGUUGUUCUCAUUUCAGGUGAAGAAACACAUCAAACAAGGGCAAGGACAUGAGGGUGGAAUCUUUUCAAUUGAAACCCCCCUUCAUGUUUCCAAUGUCCAGGUUCUUGACCCAGUUACUGGGAAGCCAUGUAAGACCAGGUAUAAAUAUCUGGAAGACGGAACUAAAGUAUGGGUCUCUAGAGGACUUGCUGCAUCUGGAGCUGUAAUUCCUCGUCCUGAAAUACUAAAAGAAAGGCGAAAACCAAGACCUAGCUUUGUUGGUCCCAAGGAUACACCAGUUGAACUAGUACUCGAAAAGACAUACGAUGCUAAAGCUGGAAUUGGCAUGCCUGAUUAG